AUGAUGAUGAAUUUGAGGAUUAAACCUGGAAUUGCGAGCCACAAUACCAGCAAUUUGUGGGAGGUGCCUUGUCUGAGCAUGAGAAUCAAACAGAGACAAAGACAAACAGCACCACAAGUGUUCACCUCUCAUGGGGACAAGGAAAAGAGCGGGGGCCCUGACGAUCAUCCCCACCUGGAGCACAAAGAUAUAAGCAUGACAAAGAGAAGGACCGCAAGGAAUCUGAGCGAUGUCUGGAGGGAGGUGCAGGGUUCGAACAACUGGGAGGGUAUGCUGGAGCCAAUGGACCAUCUCCUCCGCAGUGAGCUCAUAAAAUACGGAGAGUUUGCCCAGGCCUGCUACGACGCCUUUGACUUCGACCACGACUCCAAAUACUGCGGCAGCUGCAAGUACAAUCGCAGCACCAUACUCCAAGAUGUCGGCCUUUCUCACACCGGCUACGAAAUCACAAAAUAUCUCUACGCAACCACCAACAUCAAUCUCCCCACUUUCUUCAAAAAGUCCCCGGCGGGGGAGAAAUUGUGGAGCAACCAUGCCAACUGGAUGGGUUUCGUGGCUGUGGCGGAGGACGAGCAAGAAAUAAAGAAACUUGGGCGACGAGACAUACUCAUCGCGUGGAGAGGCACUGCCACUUAUCUGGAGUGGCUGGCCGACCUCAUGGAUUUUCUCAUACCCGUGGGUUUCCAUUCAGACCAUCCAGAUUCCCGCGUCAAAGUGGAAUCGGGGUUUCUCAACCUAUACACCGCCAGCCAGAAAGACUGCCGCUUCGCCAAAUCCAGCGCCCAUGAGCAAAUUCACGCGGAGAUUAGAAGUAUAAUCGAAAAGUACAAGGGAGAAAAGCUGAGCAUAACAAUCACGGGCCACAGCCUAGGGAGCGCGCUCGCAAUGUUAAGCGCGUAUGACAUUGCAGAGAUGGGAAUCAAUCAGGACGAGGAGAAUGGAAAUGAGAAGAUUCCCAUCACUGUCUUCUCCUUUGCAGGCCCGCGAGUGGGAAAUCCGGCCUUCAAGGAGCACCUGGAGCGGCUGGGGAUCAAAAUCCUGCGAGUGGUGAACGCCCACGACGUAGUUCCAAAGGUUCCCGGAAUUCUGUUCAAUGAGCAUUCUCAAUCGGUGCCGUGGAGUUACUCCCACGUAGGAGUGGAAUUGGAGCUGGAUCACACCAAAUCCCCCUUCCUCCGACCCACAAGAGAUCCGUCCUGCUUCCACAACUUGGAGGCGCAUCUGCAUCUGUUGGAUGGAUACCACGGCCGCGAAGAGCCGUUUCAGCUCGCAAGUGGACGGGAUCCAGCUCUUGUCAACAAGGCAGCUAAUUUUUUACAAGACCAGUUGAAUAUUCUGCCCUGCUGGAGGCAAGACCCCAACAAGGGCAUGGUCAGAAACUCUCAAGGUCGAUGGGUUCAGCCCCAAAGAUCUCAAUCUUGCUUUCUCUAA